UGUUGUGAUUUCACUGACAGCAGCUUAAGUAUUACUUCAUUUGGAACCUGCACCUCCCUCAAUAAGUGGACUUUACCAUGCUAGACAUGUUUCAAUUUCGAACAAAAGGAAAAUUUUAAUUUAAUUACAUGCAAGAUUAAAUCAAGUUGACUAGGUUAUUACAGUUUUCAACAAAGGAAAUUUUGUGGUGACCAAAGAUUAAACUUUGUUUACUAAAGUAUUUAAUUUAAUUUCAGUUAAUUUAAGUAUAAAUGUGGUUUGAUUUUCAUACUGGAUUACAUUAAAAGAUGUGAAUGUGAACACAUUCUGCAAGUGCUUACCCAGACCGCUUAAUCAUUUGAUAAAGUUUGCUUUUCAAACCUGACGGUCUAUAGGGCAAUCAUUAAUCAUUUGAUAAGUAUAAUUGAAAAACAUACUAUAAAAUAAAGAAAAAUGGAAAGAGAACUCCUGCUGUUGGUGCUUGCGGUGAUGGUGGGGUACAGCCACUGCUGCCCCACAAAGUGCACAUGCGAUGAUUUCCAGGUGGACUGCUACAAGACGGACUUUGAGAAGAUACCAGAAGACAUUCCAGUUACCAUAGUAACCAUGUUCAUGCAGAACAACAAAAUCACAGAUAUCGACGGGGAGAUGCUGGCGAAAUUUGAAAAUCUCGAGAGCAUCUUUCUGCAAACAAAUUCGAUAACGGAACUAAAAGCCGAAGCUUUCUCUAACCUCAGCAGGCUAAGGGACUUGUUCCUUGAGGAAAACAGCAUUGAGAAUAUUGAAGACGGAGCGUUUGCCAAUGUGCCGAUGUUGAGUCUUCUGUACCUCAACAACAACAAGUUGACGGAUAUUUCUGGGAAAUUUGAAAACAUCACCAACCUCGAGAGACUGCAGUUAAAUCAAAACAGACUGACUUCAAUCAAAGACGACAGCUUCAAGGGCCUAGAAAAUUUGGCGCUCUUAACCUUAAGUGAUAAUCAAAUCUCUUUUAUUUCGUCCCAGGCUUUCAAUGGUUUGACAAGGCUCUAUCACCUGGAUUUAAAGGGGAAUCCCCUAGGUCGUCUGGAUACCUUAAGUGGCUUGAGCAACCUACUGUAUCUAGAUGUUUCAUUCUGUGAGCUGCUUAAAGUACCCAGCAAUCUCCCGUGGGGGUUGAGGUACUUAAAGAUCACAAACAACAAUAUAACCAUCAUCGAGAGAACUAAUUUCGAAAAAUUGUACUAUCUCGAAAAAAUUUACUUAGACUACAACCAAAUCGGGAUAAUUCAAGACGGCUCCUUCUCUAAGAUGUUAUACCUCAGUGAUUUAAGAGUCAGCAACAACGAGCUGAUUGCGUUCCCGAAAAGUUUACCACAGGCGGUGGCCAUAUUUUUCUCAGACAACAACAAGAUUGUACAGUUACAGGAGGAUGAUUUCCCUCAUGAUUCCAGCAUGGUAACACUAACUCUAAGCAACAACCUCAUCAGCAACAUCCAAGCUAACACAUUCGCUCGCCUCGGCAACCUGACAAACCUUAGCUUAACUCAAAAUAAAAUCUCCGACUUGCAAAAAAGCUCUUUUAGUGGCCUGAGGAAACUGGUGAGUUUAAACCUGGACAAAAACCCCAUUAGAAAAAUCGAAGACGGAGCAUUUAACAGUUUAGCUAGGUUGUAUAAAAUAAAACUCUCCGGCAUAGAAAGCAAUUACACGGAAAUUGAUGAUUCUGCUUUUUUGUAUUUGACAUCAUUGGAGUUUCUUGAUCUUCAAGGAAGUCCCUCUGUCGUCUCCGCAGUAUUGAACUCGACAAAAAUUUUAAAGUCUCUGAACGCAAUCAAAAAUUUUAACAUAAUGGAUUCGGAUUUACAAUAUUUAUCUGAAGAUAUAAAAACCUAUUUAAGUUCUCUGAAAUCAUUUUACAUAGCAGGCAAUUAUUGGCAUUGCGAUGAAACCUUACUGUGGUUACGGGAAUGGAUAUUACAGUCGCCAAGAAUUUUCGUCAAUUCCGAAAAAAUAACGUGCAGUACUCCUGUACAGCUCAGAGGCCAAGCCAUUGUAAAGAUCAACCCAAAAGAUUUCACUAUGCCCACAACUAUUUCUGUUACCAUGACAACAGCAACCGAGCAGGCAACAGAUUCCACAAAAAGUAAGGUGAUGGAAACAACAACCGUAUCAAACCUAGCCACGACAUCUGCGGUGUCGACACAGCAGAAGCUUGAUGAGAACUUAACAACAGAAGACAAGGAGACAGAUGAGAACUGUAUCACUGAUGAGGAUAGCAGUGAAACUGGAGGCAACACACAGGCUAAAACUGAUGCGACAACAGCAAAGGAUGCACCAACAGCAAUUGAUGCACCAGCUAAAACUAAUGCAGCAGCUAAAACAGAUGCACCAACAGCUACUAAUCCACCCACAGCUACUGAUGCAUUAGCUACAACAGGAGCACCAACAGCAACCAAAGCACCAUCAGCAACUGAUGCAGCAACAGCAACCAAAGCACCAUCAGCAACUGAAUCUACAAACACCACAGAAACACCAGAAACAGACAGUACAAUAUCCCCAACCACAAUGCAAAAGAAUCAAACCCACGAUGAAUACACUAAUAAUACAAUGAGUGAAUCAAACAAAACAACUCAAGGAUAUAACGAAUCAAUGUUGACCACUCAAGGAUAUAAUGAUACAACUGAAGAUGCUUCUGAGGUGGUAGAUCCAGCGACAGACCCACUGAUUAACGAGACUUUCAACCAAACAACCAACCCAUUUGACGGAUACCCCAACAACUUCUGGAAAACAAAGAAUAUCAGAGCAGGCCAAAACCGGCUGCCGACGUUUUCUCUCAACAAUAAAAUCCAAGCUGUGAUCAUUGGCGUGGCCGUCUCGCUGAUGAGCCUGGUCGUGGGGCUAAUUAUAGCAGUUUUUGUGGUUAGAUACAGGCGUAAACAUAAGCAUGUCGUCCUUAGUGAUACAACACCUGCCUCCGGCCAAACCUCAGACACUGUGUUCAUCAUUGACCACAUGACAGAGCAGCCCCCAGCUACGUUGCCCAGAAGCACAAACAAAAAAUCUGGCAACGAGUCCAGGAAAUCCAGCUCCUCAACUGGGUCAUCGUCCUCUAAAAAAAGCUCAAACUGCAAGAGGCAGUGGUCCUCGGCUUCAUCGAGCUCCAAGACCAGUUUUGACUGCCUCAGCGCGCAGACAGAAGACGACGCUGAAAUGUUGAUGGAGUCAUGGAAGUAAAAACCAAGUUCAAGGACGAGUACCCCACUGACUUAAACAGAUGGAAGUAAAAUGACUGCCCAAUGCUGAAAGAGCUACAGAGAUGGAGGAAAUUAACAAGCCACAAGUUCAGCUAUUAGCUGAAAAGAUGUUAAGGACAGAAAAAGCAUGGCUUACUUUUCUUAUUUGGUUACUUGCCAGUUAGCAGAAAAGCAAGACAAAAUGUAUUUUUGCAUAAUUGAGAAAAAAAAAACUUGCCAGAAAAGCUGUGCAUUAUGUUUAAAGGCCAACCUCCCAUUUUCUAGCAUCAGUCUUUGGUGUCAAAUCAUGCAAGUACUGUUGUAUUUAAUGUGCCAUAACCCAUGUACAUAUUAAUUUAAUUUGAACAAUCAUGUAAAUUGUAAAUUACCAAAUUAUUCCUAUUCUGAAUUUAAUAUUUUGUAAUUCUCCUAGUAAUUUUGAACUUUUACAGCUAAUUAGAUUGUCCUGUGUCAUGAAUGAGACACACUAUUCAGUAUUUACAUAAUCAUAUAUGAAAAAAGGAUUUUCCAAUAUGUGACAUAAACAAAAUGAUACAGCUGUAUAUAUUUUUAUACCAAUGUUCUGAAUCUUUAUACUGCAGAGUAUGAUAAACGUAGCUUAUAUUUCAAUUACAUUGUAUAUCACAAUAGUCUAUUAGUAAAAAACCAAAUAAAAUAUUGCUACUUGCUUCAUCAACUUCAACUACUCUCUUCAAUUAUAAAAUACAAUAAAAGAAAAUUUUCAAAACAA